CAAGACUCGCUGAUCUAUCAGAUCAUGCUUGUGCUGGAAGUCAUUUAAGAAUCACCAUACAUUGUCUUAAAGCAGGCUAACUAGAGGCUUAACAAAAAUGAAAGGGGCGUGGGUAGAGAGGGGUGUGACAAAGAGCGACAGAGUUUUGUUUGUGGAAGUUUCCUGAACUGCGCCUGCGCAAGAGUCGGACUCAUUCGAGACACUAUCCCAGGCUUGCCGGUCGAAUAUGGAGAGGAAAGUACUCGCACUCCAGGCGAGGAAGAAAAGGACCAAGGCGAAAAAAACGAACAAAAAGCCUGAUCCCCACCCACGGGGAGCCUCGCAGCCUCAGGACUCCAACCUCCAGGAUCACGAUGAGGAGAUCCUGGGCUCUGACGACGAGGAGCAGGAGGACCCCAACGACUACUGCAAGGGCGGCUAUCACCACGUGAAGAUCGGCGACCUCUUCAACGGGAGGUACCAUGUGAUCCGCAAACUGGGCUGGGGCCACUUCUCCACCGUCUGGCUGGCCUGGGACAUCCAGGGGAAGCGCUUCGUCGCUAUGAAGGUGGUGAAGAGUGCGGAACACUACACCGAGACGGCCCUCGACGAGAUCAAGCUGCUGAGAUCGGUUAGAAACACAGACCCCAACGACCCUAACAGAGAGAAGGUGGUCCAGCUCCUGGAUGACUUCAAGAUCUCUGGGGUGAACGGCACUCAUGUGUGCAUGGUGUUUGAAGUCCUGGGGCACCACUUGCUUAAGUGGAUCAUCAAGUCCAACUACCAGGGCCUGCCACUGCCUUGUGUGAAGAGCAUCAUUCGGCAGGUUCUACAAGGCCUGGACUACUUGCACACGAAGUGUAAGAUCAUCCACACGGACAUCAAGCCAGAGAACAUCCUGAUGAGCGUGAACGAGCACUACGUCAGGAAGCUGGCUGCGGAGGCUACGGAGUGGCAGAGAGCGGGAGCGCCCCCACCCUCCGGCUCUGCCGUGAGCACAGCCCCGGCACCGAAACCAACGGCCAAGAUGUCCAAGAACAAGAAGAAGAAGCUGAAGAAGAAGCAGAAGCGGCAGGCGGAGCUCCUGGAGAAACGCAUCCUGGAGCUGGAGGAGCUGGAGCGGGGCCUGGAGGUCGGGGAUGAGGAGGAGGAAGACGAGGCGGACACCCCCGAGGGGGCCCCCUGCAUCCCGCUCAAACAGGCCACCUUGCAGGAUAUUGGCUUUGACGUCACCGUGGAGAGCUGUGCGGAGGGCUGGGGCCAAGAUGGCAUCGUGGAGAUCAACUGCAACGGCCACGCCCGUACGGAGGAGAGGCAAGGAGACGAGAGGCUGGCCGAGAGGAGCGAGGAGGACCGCUGCAAUGCCAACGACUGCCUGCAGGAGGAGCUGCUGCUCAACGGCGCCUACCAGGCCUGCAACGGCACGUUGCCCGGCGAUGCUGACCGCCCACUCCCAGGCGCCGACGCCAAGCUGGCGGCGGGCAGCCUGCUGGUCAACCCCCUGGAGCCUCUGAACGCUGACAAGAUCAGGGUGAAGAUCGCUGACCUGGGUAACGCCUGCUGGGUGCACAAGCACUUCACAGACGACAUCCAGACGCGGCAGUACCGGGCCCUGGAGGUCCUGAUCGGGGCGGGAUACAGCACGCCCGCUGACAUCUGGAGCACCGCCUGCAUGGCCUUCGAGCUGGCCACGGGGGAUUACUUGUUUGAGCCACAUUCUGGAGAAGAUUACUCAAGAGAUGAAGACCACAUUGCUUUGAUAAUUGAACUACUGGGGAAGGUUCCUCGUAAGCUCAUUAUGGCCGGCAAGUAUUCCAAAGAGUUUUUCACCAAAAAAGGUGACCUGAGGCACAUCAGUAAGCUGAAGCCGUGGGGCUUGCUGGAGGUGCUGGUGGAGAAGUAUGAGUGGCAGCGGGAAGAGGCACAGAUGUUCGCUGACUUCCUGCUGCCCAUGCUGGAUCUGAUCCCGGAAAAGAGGGCCACCGCGGCCGAGUGCCUGCGCCAUGCUUGGAUCGCCUCCUAGUGGCUCCUCCCUGCCACUGCGUCUCCAUUCCCUCUUCCGCUUUUCAAACACACACACACACACACACACACACACUCUCACACCAUCAACCUGUCCUGCUGCAGCUGGUCACGCCACCUUCCCCGUCGGGGCAAACGGUGGAGGUGGCAUAAUACAACAAGGGCACGGUUCACUCUAUAGGACGUUGUGUAUUUAUUUCAUUUUUUUUUUUUGUUCGUUUGUGUUUUGUUUAAUUGUUUUCCUUUUUUACUUGCUGGAUAUUACUUGAGUAUAUUGGUUGUUUUUGUUCAUGUCCUUUGUUCUAUCUGUGUUGGUGACAAGCCCAGUGACUCCCGCCCCCAACGCGAAUAUUCACAGCCUGAUGAAAGAGUUCUCUCUCACCCACCACUAUCACUCUCGCUCAUCCAGCUGUUUCAGCUUGGGGUUUCUUCUCCUGCCAAUGCCUCGGACUUCAAGGCAGACCAAGAACAGGUCUAGAAAAGCAACAUGGGCAGUGCUUUUUGCAAGGGACUCCGAUUGCUGCUUUGACUUUUAUACCAACGCGUUGAAGUGAGGAAAAUCAAAGUUACGCGACUACCGAAGAGAGGAGCCACACUUUUCUGAAGUUUGUUUGAAGAUGCAUGGCAUUUUGAAAAGCUUAGACAGAAGGACCGCACAUGAGGGGACUGAAAC